AUGAUUUAAGUUCAACAUCAAGUUGUAACAGCUCUUUUAAUUUCUGAAAAUGAAGAAAUAGCAUAAAGAUUCUUGAAAAGGAUAAACUUGAAUAAAUUAGAGGAUAAUGGAAAAAUUAUUAAUCUUUAUUACCAAUAAAUGAAUUUAAAUGAUGAUCUUAAAUGCUUAUAAUAACUUUCAAUGUUCGAAUAUGCAAUCUUAAUUUUAACUGAUUUAGAAUUAAAUUAAUACAAUAUGGAUAAAUAUAAUUUUAGAAUGAUCAAAUUAUUGUAAUAUUACAAGUAUAUAAUCUAAAUUUAAGUUUAGUUAUAAAUAAAUCUUUAUUGUAUAUGAUGAAAAUGAUAUUAAUUCAAAUGACACAUAAUUAUUAAAUUUAUAUGCUUGGAUUAAUCAAGAAGUGAAUUCAAUUUUUAAUGAUGAAGGAUUUAAUGAUUUAUAAGAAUAAAAUAAAUUAGGUUUCCCUAUCCCUGAAAUUAAAACUUAAAGUCAACCAACUUAGAAUGAUUUAUUGAACUUUUUCAAAAAUGAUGGGGAUAUUGCAAAUUCUGAGUUAAUCCUAGUAAUGGUAUAAGAAACAAAUGUGAAUAAAGGCACAGCACAAGUUAUUAAUGGAUUUGUAUUAAAUGGAUAAACUGUGCUUUAUCAAGAAUAAGGUGCAUUAUAAAAAGUAUAAAUUACAAAAUUUGUUGAUUACUUUUCAAAAAAAGAAAUAAAUUAUGCAUAAAAAGGAGAUAUAAUUGAAUUUUAAUUUAAUUUAAACAAGAAAAUUGAUGGAUUUCUAUUUGGAUUAAAUUAAGAUAAAUAUCUUUUACAAACUAAAGAAAUCAAAGGAAAUUUCAUUUGUCCUUAAAAAGUUGGUUAAGGUGUAAUGUAAAAGAUUUAGAAAACAGAUUCAAAAUCAUUUUUUUAUGGAAUUGAAUGUAUUAAUUAUUAAUUAUUUUUAAAGUUUAGCUUGAGAAAAAGAAAAUAUUAGGAGAACUAAUUCAUAAUUCUUAUGUUGAUAUGAAGAACAUAACAACAAAACCAUUUGGAAUGUAAUUUAGAUUUACUAAACAACUUUACAUUACUCCAAAAAUACUUGAAAAAAAUUUUACCUUGUUUAUUAUCAAAAACAAACAUUUACCAUAAUAAUUAAUUUUUAGUGGCAAAAUUCUAAAUUAAGAUUUAAUAAAUAUUACAAAAGCCUAGCCUCAAAAAUAAAAGUUUGUAUUAAUUCCAGAAUUGACAAGUCCUCCAUUAUAAAAUAUGAUCAACAAUGGUGUUGAUUAUCGUCAAAGAUGUAGAGUAUGUAGAACUGAAAAGGCAAGAUAUGUUCCUACUAAUUGUGGACAUCUAAGAUAUUGCAAUGAUUGUAAAGAUAUAUGUAUGGAAGCAAAACAGUGCUUAUACUGUGAUAAACCUAGUGAUAGCAUUCAAAGUUUCAAUAUUCAUCUAACAAAAUAAUAAUUACAAAAUCUCAAAUAAAUGACAUAAUAAUAAAUUUUUGAAUAUUUUGCAGGUAAUCCUUCAAAAGAUAUGUUGCCAUUUAUCAUUAUUAAUAAUGAAAUAAAUGUGGAAUAAAACUUUUAGUAUGAAAUUAAGUGUGAUAAUUGUGAUUCAAGAAUUACAUAAUACUCUAUUUGUAGUAAAAAUCAUUAAACUUUACUUUGUGAUGAUUGUUAAAUUUAAGAAUGCUAGACAUGCAAGGAAUAAUUGCUAAUUAAAUAAAAAAUUAUCUAUCUGUUUCCAGAUGAUCCAACUGUAUGA